GGCGUGGACAAGGUUACAAAUCGAAUACAACCUGCCGAGGGCCAAGGACAAAUAGGUUAUCAAGCUGCAAAGCCUUGACCUUUUGACAUCAGUAACAAAGCGAAGAAAGCAAGCGUAAACCAGCACCAAGAGUCCACGUCUAGCGAUAUAUUAGACUUCAAACAACAACAACGAAAGCACAAGAGACUAGCAGCCGAAUCGAAGCAAGCGGCAAAAACAACCCGCCGCCCGUGACGACAACUUUAGAGUUCCUGAUCAAACUUUGUGCGCAGACCCCUAGCUGUCUCGUCACCCCUCCCUCCAUAUCUCGGCCAUGGCGCUGUACUCUAUCGGAGUGGACGUGGGUGGCACGAACACGGACGCAGUGGUGCUACAGGGGGACCAGGUCGUGUGCUGGAGUAAACAGGUGACCACACGGGAUGUCACCACAGGUGUGGCACGGGCCGUCAGGGAGGUACUGGUGCAGCUCAAGGACAAGAACUGGCAAGGUACCAUAUCUAGAGUGAACAUUGGCACCACCCAUUUCGUGAAUGCCUUGGUGCAGAGGAGAGACCUGGUCCCUGUGUCGGUGGUGCGGCUGUGUGGGACUGCCUCCCGGGCACUGCCUCCUUUCUGUGACUUCCCUCUGGACCUGAAGAAGGUGGUCUGUGGGUCAUACCACCUGGUAAACGGGGGUCUGCAGUUCGAUGGCCAGGAGAUCUCAUCCCUGGAUGAGGAGGAGCUGAGAACCUGCAUCAGGACCAUCCGGAAGGAGGGCGGGAGGAAUGUGGUCAUUGCUGGAGUCUUCUCACCCGUCGCGCCACAGAAGCAGGAGGAGAAAGUUGCUGAACUUUUCCGUGCAGAGUUUCCAGAAGUCAGCUUAACGUUGUCCCACAAAGUGGGUCAGAUCGGGCUGCUGGAGAGGGAGAACGCAGCCAUCCUGAAUGAGUGCCUGAAACCCUUGUCCCACCGCACAGUGGAGGCAUUUAGACAGGCACUGAACGCCCUGGGACUGACCUGCCCCUUCUACCUCACUCAGAAUGAUGGGACCUUGAUCAGUGCUGAGCAGACGUUGGAUUUCCCUGUACGCACGUUUGCAUCAGGACCCACCAACAGCAUGAGGGGAGCAGCCUUCCUGUCAGGUGUUGAGGAUGCUAUUGUGAUUGAUAUUGGAGGCACCACUUCUGACGUGGGAUGUCUGAAGGGAGGAUUUCCUCGGCAGGCAUCGACCAGGAUCAAGGUUGGAGGAGUAAGCACAAACUUCCGCAUGCCCGAUGUCCUGAGCAUUGGACUGGGAGGAGGAUCUAUUGUCAGACAGAUGGACGGUCCAAAGAGAAAUCAGCCUACAGUGGAGGUUGGUCCCACCAGUACAGGGUAUAGCCUGGUGCGGGAGGGGCUGGUGUUCGGAGGCUCCACCCUGACUGCCACCGACGUGGCCGUGGCGGCUGGACUGGCUGACCUGGGCGACCCUGGUCAUGUGACCAGCCUGGACCCGGCCCUGGUGCAGCAGGCGGUGGACAGGAUGCACCAGAUGGUCGAGGAGGCCAUUGAUCAGGUCAAGCUAAGUGGUGAGGAACAGCCCAUUCUGCUGGUGGGGGGUGGCACGAUUCUGGUGGAUGGAAAGAGAAACAUCAGUGGAGCAUCAAGCCUUCAGAAGCCUCAGCAUUAUCAGGUAGCCAAUGCAGUGGGAGCAGCGCUGUGCCAGGUGAGCGGUACGGUGGACAGGGUGGUUAGUCUGGCGCAGACGUCUCGGGAUGAGGCUAUCAGGAGGGCAAAAGCAGACGCCACUCAACAGGCCGUGGCUGCCGGUGCUGUGGACAGCACGGUGGAGAUUACAGAAGUUAAUGAGGUCCCUCUGGCGUACCUGCCGGGUAAUGCAACCAAAGUGACAGUAAAGGCAGUGGGGCACCUGAAGGACAGACACUCAGGGGGAGGAACUGACCUUGCCAACAUCAACACCAUGGGAGUGGAACAACAAACAGUGGAGGAGGAUGCUGCUGACUCAGGCCCCCCUGCAAUGCCUCCCACCCCGCUGGCCAGCCACUUGCCCUCGCUACAGGAGACGGAGCCAGAGAUUGAGCCAGAGACGGGUGCGUGGGUCCUGAGCCGCUGGGACGUGGAGUGUCUGGCGGUGGGGCGGGGAGUCCUGGGGUGCGGUGGGGGAGGAAACCCCGGGCUGGGCCGGCUGCAGGUCCUGCAGACACUGGAACAGGGCAGGAAAAUCCGAGUCAUUGCACCAGAGAGACUAGACACUACCCCAGGCCUGACUGGUUUGGUGGCCUCUGUGGCCUUUAUGGGCGCUCCGACCAUCCAGUUUGAGAAGCUGUGCAGUGGGAACGAGACACGAAAUGCGCUACAGUGUGUGCAGGACUUGUGUGCUGCCAGGUACAACAAUGGACAACUGUCUGGCAAAGACGGUGUUGAAGUGAAGUCAGGUGAUGGAGUGACAUACAUAGAUGACUACAGACCUGCACAGACUAACACAGGCCAGGACGUCAGGAUUGUCGCUGUCAUGAGUGCAGAGAUCGGAGGGCUGAACUCCAUGGAGCCGCUGGUGGUGGGGGCAGCGCUGGACCUGCCUGUGGUGGAUGCUGACGGGAUGGGGAGGGCAUUUCCUGAGCUGCAGAUGUUUGGACCAUUUAUGUAUGGCGUUGACCCAUGCCCUGCUGCUGUAGCUGAUGACAAAGGUCAAAGGGCAGCCUUGCUGCAGGCUGACUCUGCCAAGCACCUCGAAAACCACUUCAGGGCCGUGUGUGUUGAAAUGGGCUGCAGUGCAGGGGUGUCAUUUGCCCCGCUCACCGCUGGCCAGGUCCGCUCCUCCUGUAUCCAGUACUCGCUCAGUCGAGCCUGGCACCUGGGCCACGCCGUUCUGCAAGCCUACAAGAACGGUACAUCUCCUGUUUGUGCUGCACUGGAGCAGGAGAGAGGCAGGCUCCUGGCCACAGGAAAGGUCUCUGAUGUCCAGAGGAUGACAACUGCAGGGUUUGCCCGAGGGGUGCUAAAGGUUGAGGGGUUGGGGGAUUUCCUGGGUCAAACCCUGAAGAUUGACUUCCAGAAUGAGAACCUGGUGGCAAGAUUCCUGAGCGAUAACAAGGUAGUAGCCUGUGUUCCUGACCUCAUCACGGUGGUGGACGCGGAUGCGGGAACUCCAAUCACGACCGAGGAGAUGCGGUACGGACUGCGCGUGGCCGUCCUGGUUCUUCCCGCCCCUCCUCUCCUCUGCACACCUCAGGCACUACAGGUGGUGGGACCUCAGGCCUUCGGGUACCCUGAGGACGUCGUCUACUCACCUGUAGGACACUACAACUGUAACCAACCCAUCCCACCUAAACCUUAAGGACUGGCAAUCUAAUAUUAUAUAAAUAUUGGCAAUACAAGC